AUCAACGAGGCCAUUUUGGUUGCUUGUGUGAUGAUUGUUCGCCUGCUGUGUUUAGAAAUACUUUUUAAAGUAAUAUGAAAAAAUUGCUUUGUCAUGGAUAAACCAGCUAUUGAAGAAUUAUUUGACAGUUCAAGAUUCAAUGGUGGCAGCAGCUCUAUUUUGUUAUUUUUCUACUUUCCUUUGGGAUUAGUUCUGGCAAUACUUCGUAUUUUUAUUGGUGUUCAACUUUUUAUUCUGUCCUGUAUUUUACCUAAAUUUCAUGCUGUUCGAAGUGUUAUUUUAAGAAUUAUAUGUUGUGUACUAGGAAUUGUAGUAACAACAGACAAUUCUGAAAACCGAAAAAAGGAUGUAAGAGUUCUAGUUACUAACCAUGUUUCGCCAUUGGACCACUUGGCUGUUGAUUUAGUGUAUCCGUCAAUCAUGCCAAGUGUCUGGGAUUUGCCGGGUAUGUUGAUGUGGAUGCUCGGCUAUCGUGAUAUGGGAGCAAAACGUGGGAGAGCUGUGCUUAUAGAGAAAGCUAAAGAACACUGUGAAGAGAGUCCCAUACCACUGUUGUCUCAUCCUGAAGGAGCUACUACUAAUGGGAAAAAAGGCUUACUAAAAUUUAGUACAUGGUCAUUUUCAUUGGAUCAGCCGGUGCAGCCAAUUGUAAUCGUCAUAAAUCGACCGUUAAUUGGCAUCAAUAUAUCAACUCUUGGUAGCAGAUGGUGGCAAGAUGUUUUCUGGUUCUUUUUUUCUCCAUUUACAGUUUUUCAUCUGCGUGUUUUACCAGCAAUGUACAAGGGAGAAUCUGAAGACUUUGAAGAGUUUACAAAAAGAGUUCAAGAUACAAUGGCUCCACAACUUCACCUUACUACAACUUUCUACACCAGUGCAGAUAAAGUAGAAUAUGCAAAGAAAGUACUUUUUAACCCCCAUCUCAAGAAAAUAGACAUAACAGAAAUGUGUAGUCAGCAACAGUUUGUGCAAUCACCGCCAUCUAGACAGACUUCAGUCUCUUCGUCAUCAUCAUCACUACCAGCAUCAGCCAAUCGUUAUGCUACUCCUGAUAGGUUUAGUGUUAUGGCAAGUCAGGUCAAAGAAGUUCUUCCACAUGUACCUGAAGAUGUUAUCAGAAAAGAUCUUGAGAAAACUUCUUGUGUGGACACAACUAUCAGCCGUAUAUUAGAAGGUCAAGUACACUUUGUUCCAAUAGAUACAUCACCAUCUAGUGGUGAUGGUGAAGCUGACUUAUUAGAAGGUGCUACUGCUAUGCCCAGUGGGACAUCCACACCGUUAACCCCAUCACCUAGUGCAACUCAGUUUUCAGCGUCACACUUUUCAAGAUCUGCAAAUGAGAGGCAGAUGUCUUUUGAAGAACGUAAACAAGCACUGUAUGAUACUGCCAGGAGGCGAAACUAUUACUCUGAAAAUGAGCCACCAAUCGAAAAACGUAAACCAAACACUAGUUUAGAUUCAGUCCGACUAUCACACACAUAA